CUGAACAUAUUUUGCACGUAUCAGAAUCGAAAUACAGAUAGGUAGUUUUUGAGUUAUUGUGCACUAAAAAUAAAAGUUACACUAUUAUCAACAUUAAUAAUUUGUAAAAAUUGUCCAAGGAUAAUAAAUACUAGAUCUAAUAUUCUAAUAUUACAAUAUUUAUACUUUUGUAAAACCACUUUUAAGGGCUAUUAUCUUUACUUCUAAGAACAAACAUAAUAAAUAUGUUUGAAAUCAUUUUUGUUUUCUGGCUCAAAUCAGUGGUCUUGACAACGUAUAUUAUAGUUAAGCCUUAAACAAAUGAUCAGAAAACGGCAUCAUUUGUUUAUCUACCCUAAGUUAUCGUAUAAUUGUCACAACGAUGAGUCUUAUUUUUGCAUUGUUCUAUUUGACAUUUAUCACGGUAUGCAAGCUCGCGGAGGAAAUUAUGAGAAAAGUCCAUCUGGAACAUCUUCAAAACGGUGACUGCCGGUACAAAUCGGAGGACGCGCCGACUUCAGCCAGCCCAUCGCGCAAAGACAAGUUCGCUCAGGUGAACAUUUGGGGACCUUGUGCCCCCUACCGUCGCGGCCGGGUGAUGUACUCGUCACGGCCAAAUAACGGAACAGAGAGCGAGCCGGCUGCCGUUCGAUCGAGGUGUCCACCGGCACGGAACGUGGCCGACCAUCGAUUCAGGUGUACAGCGACGGCGCCGACUUUCCCGGCACGGAACGUGGCCGACCAUCGAUUCAGGUGUACAGCGACGGCGCCGACUUUCCCGGCACGGAACAUGGCUGACCAUCGAUUCAUGUGUACAUCGACGGCGCCGACUUUCCCGGCACGGAACGUGGUCGAUCAUCAAAUCAAGUGUCCACCGACGCCGCCUAAUGUACCGGCACAGAACGUAACCCCGGCCUCGGAUACGACGUCGUCGCGGCCGAUUGCCGGCUACAAGAACGUGGCCGACCAUCAAAUCAAGUGUCCACCGACGCCGCCUAAUGUACCGGCACAGAACGUAACCCCGGCCUCGGACACGACGUUGUCGCGGCCGACGACGCCCCGCGAAUUUUACGUGGGCCCGGCAAUGUUUGUGGUGUGGAGACAGUCGGCCCCGAACGUGGCUGGAUGUCCGCCGCCCCCUCCUGUGCCGGAAUUCUACGUGGGCCCAGCGUGGUUUGAUGUCAACGGACCGCCGCCACUUCCGUGUUGCGUGGCGGCUUCGAGAUUCACAUACCCGCCCCCACCGCCGCAACGUUCCGGUCCCGGUGUUGCGGGAGUUCCCGCCGCGGCCGGAAGUGCAUAA